AUGUCCGAACGUUAUCCAUCCUACAUUGUCGAUGCUUUCACCAAAAAACGUUUUGCCGGAAACCCGGCCGCCGUCUGUUUGAUUCCUCAGGUGCUCCAUCUCCAUUAUUCAUCAGUUUCAUCAACUUUUUAAGAUCCUGAAAGACGAAGAAUAUCUGAAAAUCGCCGCCGAGUUCAAUCUGUCCGAAACGGCGUUUCCUGUCCCGAUCGGUUCGUCCGAUUUCAAGCAAUGUUCUCAGUUCUCGCUGAGAUGGUUCACUCCGAAGACCGAAGUUCCCCUCUGCGGACACGCCACUCUCGCCACCUCCCACGUUCUGUUUAACGAAAUCGAAAAUGCGAACAAGGAGAUCAAAUUCGACACGCAAUCGGGUGUGUUGAUUGUGAAAAGGGACGAGAAGGGGAAUGUGGAAAUGAAUUUUCCCGAGUAUGAUUUGACGUCGAUCAAGUUCAACCACGCCGUCAACCCACUUCACGGUCUUUUCUCAGAGGUUUGUUUGAAGAGUUCGAAGAAUGGCUUUCCUAAAAGUUUUCGGUUUUCAGUUCAAGGCUCCGUCGUACCUCUUCGAUGUCGUCAAAUCUGUCGUGCCAACAGAGGUGAGUAUUUUGUUUCGUUUCGCCGAGAAUCAAUUCGAACUCCCAUUCCAGAUGGUCAUCGAAUACAUUGUUUAUUCUGCGAAAGCUCGUAAACUUGUCGUCGUUGUCGAUCCGAAAACGACUAAAUUCGAGCUUGAAGCCAUCAAAAUCGACGCCGCGAAAAUGCUGGAAAUCCACGACGGAUCGUUCGUCAGAGGACUCGCCGUCACGUUGAAACCGGAGAAUGCGUUGAUGCAAGGAUUCACAGACUCUUACGAUGAACCGUACGACUUUGCGUGCCGUUACUUCGCUCCGUGGGUCGGGAUCAAUGAGGAUCCGGCCACGGGAUCGGCGCAGUGCGUCAUGGGACCGUUCUGGGCGAAGAUGACCGGGAAAAACGAUUUGUACGCUCUACAGGUUGGAAAAUACCGAUUCGUUUUAGAGGGAACAGGGAUGCAGAACAGGCGCCUGCUUUUCUGCGUUGAAAAACAGGCGCUUGAAAAAACAGGCGCAUGCGCCUAAAAUCGCCUGUUCUGCAUCCCUAAGAGAGAAUGUGUGUUCUUUCAGGCUUUCCCGACUCGUGGCGCCCAGUUUCGUGUUCGUCUGCAGGACGGUCGAGUGAUUCUGAAUGGUCCUUCGGUGACUGUCCUUCGAGGAGAAAUCACACUUAACGAGCCGACUUUCUACUAG